AUGGAUAUUUUUCAGGAAGGUGGAGAACUACUGUGUUGUGAUGCGUGUCCAGCUUCGUUUCAUUUACUUUGCCAUGAACCGAUAAUUCGACGAGAGAUGAUACCACGGGGCAGAUGGCUUUGCAAUAGGUGUCGACGAACUGGUGGCAGCGCAAUUGCUGCAAAGCGUAAUCGUGCUUCGAUGGCUUCGGAAGAGGACUACCGGCGGCAGGAACUAGAACGAAAUUUCUCUAAAAAGAAAAUAACUACUGUUAUGGAGUUUUAUGUCGCACUCUCAUCGUCGCUGACAAAUUGCAAUGCACGUCAGUUCGAUGUUCCGCCUUCAUAUCGUAUCGAUGGCCUGUUGCCGUAUGGUCUUAUGCCGUACAAAGGUCUAGCGCAACCACGGCAAAUCAUAAUCGAUGAGCCAUGCACAGUUUGUGAAGGAUUCGGAGAGGAUUCUCCGAAGAUUCAAUGUGACUUCUGUAAAUAUGUAUACCAUAUUGAUUGUCUUCGAUUUCCUUUAUGUUCGCCGCCUUCUGAAACAUGGAUGUGUCCGAACCAUGUGGAGCCUAUCCUGGAUUUGAAACUACUCACAUCUAUAAGCUUCACUGAACGGCGCAGGAUAUGGUCAAAGUUUGCCAGGCAACCUAUAGAUGAAAUGGCAAUACGUAGGAGCUUUGUGGAAAAGGUGGUCAAAGAUCGUCCAGAGUUGAGCAAGUAUUUUUCGAAGAACAAAUGUUCCAUCGACAAAAGCGAGCUUCGAUACGACGGCAAGCGAGCAGGAUCUUCCUCAACGUCUUUGAACAACUCGGUCACUGCUUUGGAGGCACACUGUAUGGAGUGGCAGUGCGGACCACCGAGCGGUGCAGCUCCAAACCAUCUGAGAGCAAAUAGUUUUGCGAAAGUUACUGGAGCGGCCAAUGAAGCUUAUUCAUCGGUUCCCUCUCGAGGAAUUGCAAAGCGUGACGACUUUGUUCCACUCUGUGCAGCAGUGCUACCAAGAUCCACCCUCAAAAGAGCUCGUGAAUCGGAGUUUCACUCUCACGAUCGCACUUACAGUAUCAUGUUGCCGAGCAGGACUUCUGACAUAGGUCAACAACAAAGCCCUCACUUUGUUCAUGUUGACUUCGGGCUAGAUGAGGACAACUGCUCGCUCGAUUGCCGAUCAUUCUCGACCGACGAGGAUUUACGCCAUUGUCAUAUAGAUGCUCCGAACCGAUCAGAUAGUGUUGUAUCCGUGCCUCAGAUAGCUCAAGUGCCAGCUGCACCGUUAUUUAAAAAGCCUUACAACCAGAAAGUUGUAAGGAAGAAGAAAGAGGAAUCAGUACAUCGUUUACCUCCCGUUGACAUCACACCGACAAUCAUGGCGCUGGAUACUGGACCUGGGUCCUUACUGAGGGCUUUGAUCGAUGGUACAGAUGGUGCUCCCAACGUGGAACCGACGGCAAAGAAGAAAUGCUUUGUCAUGCAGCGAACACGUCAGCCAAGGAAAAUUAUGGUGAGGUCGAAGACAUGA